CUCUGGUGCGUCUUACCUUCUCCCCUUCAACUUGUACGCGCCAUCUCUCUCUCUCUAUACGCGCUAUGUUCGGUCGCCGGACGCCGACCGCCGACGCACGGUCCACGCCGGACCGGUCCCCGUACUCCCCGAGCUCCACCUACUCCUCCGCCUCCGCCUCCGCCUCCGCCUCCUCCGCCACCGCCUCCGGCAAGUCGAGAUCCGGCAACAACCCCGUGUCGACGGCGGUCCGGUCGAUCGCCGGCGCCUUCUCCGGCUGCUUCGUGCCGCCGGAGCCAGACGGCGCCAGGAGCUACGGGGUCUCCGAAGAGCUGAGGACUCCGUCAGUGGCAUCGAACGCAUCAAGGAGUGGCAGCGAGAGAAGCCGCGGUUCGGUUCGCGGGAUAUAUUCCAGUUCAUAUAAUUCGACGCAAGAUGGUAAGCCUGGAAGCGUGCCAUUCACGAUGGAAGAGAUAUAUGCAGCCACCAGGAAUUUUUCCCCCUCAUUCAAGAUUGGGCAGGGUGGUUUUGGGACGGUCUACAAGGGCAGACUUGCGGACGGAAUGGUUGUCGCCGUGAAACGCGCUAAAAAGAGUGUAUAUGAUAAGCAUUUGGGUGUGGAGUUUCAAAGCGAAAUUCGCACGCUGGCACGGGUGGAACAUUUGAAUCUGGUCAAGUUCUAUGGAUACUUGGAAUAUGAAGACGAAAGAAUCGUGGUGGUGGAGUACGUUCCAAAUGGAACCUUGAGGGAACAUUUGGAUUGUAUGCACGGUAGCAUUCUCGACCUCGCUGCAAGGCUAGAUAUUGCUAUCGACGUAGCUCAUGCCGUAACCUACCUUCAUAUGUAUACAGAUCAUCCUAUUAUUCACAGGGACAUAAAGUCCUCCAAUAUUCUUCUCAAUGAAAAUUUUCGAGCAAAGGUAGCAGACUUUGGUUUUGCUAGACUUGCAGCUGACACUGAGUCUGGUGAAACUCAUGUUUCGACUCAAGUAAAAGGAACAGCGGGCUACUUAGAUCCAGAGUACCUGAGAACUUAUCAGCUUACGGAGAAGAGUGAUGUAUACUCAUUUGGAGUGCUAUUAGUGGAACUGGUCACCGGAAGGCGUCCCAUUGAAGCAAAACGCGAACUUAAAGAACGGAUAACUGCACGAUGGGCCAUGAAGAAAUUCACCGAGGGAGAUGCCAUAUCAACCUUGGACCCUAUGCUUGAAAGAACCGACCUGACUAACUUUGCCGUGGAAAAGAUUCUCGAACUGGCUUUACAGUGCCUGGCUCCAAACCGGCGGAGUAGGCCAAGCAUGAGGAGAUGUGCAGAGAUCCUGUGGGGCGUACGCAAGGAUUACCGAGAACUUUCAGCACCUGACCUCCGUUCAUCGUCUCGCUCUGAAAGGAGCAUUUCAGUGAGGGGAGAAUAACGGCAUAUAUCAUUGCAUUCUUCAUCGCGAUUCACAUAGCUCAGAGCUGUCUUUGCUCAAACUGGAGGCAAUCAUCUGUUUUUACAAUACCAUCCAAUCGCGCAGCUAGAUAACCGCGGAAUUGGGAAAAGCUUUUGAAGAACCAAUGGAUACUGGUCACAAGAAGGUAACUGGUUAGAAGGAAGCUAAUCAUUCUUGAUUUCAACCAGGGUGGUUAAAAUGGUGGUUUGCCAUUGAAGGUACCUGGUGCAACCUGUUUUUAGAGGGCCAUGUGUAUCGUUUGGAGGUGCUUUGCUAUCUCCCGAUUUUGUGGUUCUGUGAUUUUCAUCUUAUUAUAUAGAGAACUGUAGUUUGCUUCUCAUCGUUUUGAUUCCUGCAGCAGUUCUUUUUUCCUUAUGUAUUUUAAUGGCUUUCGAAGGACACGUGAUUGAGAGUAAUUGGGUAAAUAAAGGAUUUUAUGUCGGGAUACAUCCCUUUCUUUCUC